AUGACGCUGCUGUUUAGCACAGCCACACACCCCCAAUUGCGAUCCGCCUCCGUGGGGCGGAGUCUUGGUUACCGUGCUGCGGAGGAGCUCGGCCGCCAGGGAGGAAGAAGCGCACCAGGUAGGGGAGGCGCGAUCUCGGGGUCCGGCGUGGAAGGGGACGGGGCGGGGGUGCAGGAGCAUCGAAGCCCCCCUUUUCCUAGCGCACCCCGUCUUUUUUUUAGGGGUGGCGGGGAGUUCCAACGACCCCACCCCCGAUUUCCCUCCCGCCUCCUUCCGAUGCUCGAAACGCGUCUUCUUGCAAAUGCUACAGUCGGGGCGGGGGCUGCAGGAACAUGGAAGCCCCUUUUCCCUCUCUCCCCUCCACCCAGAGAAGCCAGUUCCUAGGGGCCGAAGGGUCUUUGCACGCACAUCCCCAUAUAAAAAAAUUGGAGGGGGCUGCACCUCGUCUUGAGAUCGAUUGUGCGGGGCGGGGUUUAACUGGGCCGCCCCAAUAUUUCAUUUAAUUCAAGUUGGCACCCCUGCCCCCCGCCUCUUGUAGGGGUGCGGGAGUGGGAGGGGUUUUCCAACAGCCCCCCCCCUUGCGUUUCUUACUCCCGCGGGCCAGCAGCCCGGCCCGCUUCCUUCCAACGCUCGACACGCGUCUUUCUUGCAAAUACCGCCAGAGGCUUGAGCUGCCGUCAUGGUGUUGUGUUGUUUGCGCUUUCUCUGGAGUAAGCCUCGCUGAAAUAGCAGGAUCUUGCCUCCGCUGACACGAGAUGGGUUUCGUAACGACCAGACGGCUACUGGCGCCUCCUGUUCGUGGUGGCAUUACAGUGGUACCUCGGGUUACAUACGCUUCAGGUUACAGACUCCGCUAACCCAGAAAUAGUGCCUCAGGUUAAGAACUUUGCUUCAGGAUGAGAACAGAAAUCGUCCUCUGGCGGCGCAGCAGCAGCAGGAGGCCCCAUUAGCUAAAGUGGUGCUUCAGGUUAAGAACAGUUUCAGGUUAAGAAUGGACCUCCGGAACGAAUUAAGUACUUAACCCGAGGUACCACUGUAAUAAUAAUAAUAAAUUUUAUUUAUACCCCGCCCUCCCCAGCCAAGGCCAGGCUCAGGGCGGCUAACAAGCAAUAAUAAAAACCAGGUUGAAUGAAUACAACUUAAAAACAAGAUUAAAAUACAGCAAAAGCGGGUCUUAACCCCAUUUCGUUUACUGCUAUAGAAUGAGUUGGCAACCUCCCACAAGGGGGUGUUAACUUGAAUAAAAUAUUGGGGGACAGCAGGUAAUCAUCGCAGAAUUGAUCACAUGACAUAGCACACACGUACCAUUUGAAUGGCAGUGUCCAUUAACUUUUGGGGAGAGGAGAAGACACCCCAGCCCCUAGGAUUUGGCUCCUAUGUUCCCACCUGCCAGCCCACCACCUUCUUUGUGCUCGUGCUCCUGGCAUGCAGGAAAGUGUCUGCCCUUUGCUUUUGGACUUUAUCCCCAUCCCUUCCGUCCCACUCACCGCCAUGCGCCCUGCACAGGAAACACAGCACCCUUGGGUGGGGAGGGCCAGAAGGGAGCAGCUGGCCAGGACCCCUGGGAUCCAUUCCAGCAGACUUCUAUAACCCUGGGGCUGUCCGCCUCUUCACCCCCUGCCAGGCAGCAAGGUUUGUGUACACCAGGGGUCAGCAAACUUUUUCAGCAGGGAGCUGGUCCACUGUCCCUCAGACCCUGUGGGGGGCCGGACUAUAUUUUGGGGGGGAAAUGAACGGAUUCCUAUGCCCCACAAAUAACCCAGAGAUGCAUUUUAAAUAAAAGGACACAUUCCACUCAUGUAAAAACACGCUGAUUCUUGGACCGUCUGUAGGCCGGAUUUAGAAGGUGAUUGAGCCGGAUCCGGCCCCUGGGCCUUAGUUUGCCUACCCAUGGUGUACACACUUCAAAGCACAUGCUUCCCCCUCAAAGGAUUCUGUGAACUGUAGUUUGUUAAGGAUUGCUGGGAAUCACAACUAUGGUUGUGUCUGCGUUGUUUGAGGAGGAGAAUGUGCUUUCAAAAAAGUCAUAUUGCUUGGUUUCCUUGAACACAACAGAUCUGACUUUGGAGUAAACAUACAGUUUUGAGCUGGGAACGGAACAGCUCUGGCUGACCUCCAGUGGUGUUUUUGUUUUGUUUUGAAAUGGAAAAGCAAUUGCGGAAUCCUGGGAUUCUACAAAACUGCAUUUUGGGCACCAUCCAGACCUCCCUUAGGAGAAAAGAGCAAAGGCUUUUGGAGGCAGUGUGGGCUGUUGGGAGUGAGUCACGUGAAACUUAGUCAGGCUUGCAUUUAUGUUGUGCUUUUGGCAGAGCUGGACUCCCAUGAGGUUGAGUUGGGGGGCUGCCUUGGGGGGGCAGGGGAGCAAGGGUGGAGUGUCGGGCAGAGCGGCGUCUGCGACAUGGCAUGCCCAGUAAGCUGGACUGCUUCCCUCCCUUGUGUGUCCCUCCAGGAUGCACCAGUAUAUUGAAUGGGAAGGGUGGAACACUGUCUUGAUAAUGGAUUUAUAUAAGGCUUACCUGCCCAAAUGGCUCCUAAGAGGUUUACUAUAAAAGCAGUUACAAAAAAAUAGAGCAGCACGUAAUUCAAAUGCACAAUAAAACUAAUUCGUUAAAAUAAGCGCCCUUCAUUAAAAAGUAGGGUAGGCCAUUAUCAUACGACGUAACAAUUAGAACAGCUAAAACAAGUGGUUAAAACAAUUAAGAUAGGAAGUUCGUGCACAAGGUGAGGGUAAUGCUUGUCCGAAGCGCUACAUCUUCUUUCAGACAGAACUGAUGGGGCCUCUCGCAUUUCAGCAGGGAGACUAUUCCACAGCGUUGGGGCCACCACAGAAAAGGCCUGCCUCCAUGUUACCCCAGGGUUAGAAACUGAGACAUGAAAGCUAGGAGCUAAAUGGCACCUCAAACCUGGGUUAUGGACGCAGCAACGGAAUGCCAAGGCGUGCUUUUUUAUAACGAGAACACAAAGCUGGAAAUGAACAAACUGCAGCUAAAAUAUUAACUUCAUUUUUCACAUGGUCCAGUCCUUCCCCUGCCCAUCCCCCCAAUAUUCUUAAGAGGCUCUCUUCUCCGGUCUUCAGAGAGUAGCUGGAAGCGGGGAGGCAGAAAAAUGUCCUUUCCUUCCACUCUGCAGUUUGAAAUCUUAGGCGCAGUACUGCGCCCAGAGCUCAGAAAUUGCUCGCGCUCAUGAAAUUCCCUGUCGCAAAAUGCGCCUAGAAUGGGAGUUUCGAACACUGUUUUACCCCAAUCAUCCAGCUGUGGUAGAACCACUUGUUCAGCUACAUGCCCUUACAAUGGAGGGGAGGAGAGUACUGCCUGUUUUGGGUAAGAAGGCUUUAUAUGAGGGUAAAGGUAAAGGGACCCCUGACCAUUAGGUCCAGUCGUGACCGACUCUGGGGUUGUGGUGCUCAUCUCACUUUAUUGACCGAGGGAGCCGGCGUACAGCUUCCGGGUCAUGUGGCCAGCAUGACUAAGCCGCUUCUGGCGAACCAGAGCAGCACACGAAAACGCUGUUUACUUUCCCGCCGGAGUGAUACCUAUUUAGCUACUUGCAUUUUGACAUGCUUUCAAACUGCUAGGUUGGCAGGAGCAGGGACCGAACAACGGGAGCUCACCCCAUCGCAGGGAUUCGAACCGCUGACCUUCUGAUUGGAAAGUCCUAGGCUCUGUGGUUUAACCCACAGCGCCACCCGCGUCCAGGAUCUUAAGACUGGAUUGGUGGUUAAGAGCCGGCCACUGUGACAGAUCCUGUAAUGUUGGUGUAAUAGGUGAUCGAUAAUGGGCUCUGUUUACCAGCUAGGUUGCGGCAUUCUGUGCCAGCUGCAGACUCUCCAGAACAAGGGAAGCCCCACGAAGCACACAUUACAGUAGUCUAAAUGUGAGGCUACCACUAGAGCUGGGUGUCAUCAGCACACACGGGUGACACCAUUCCCGAAACCUCCUGAUGGCUGCGCCCAGUGACUUCAUAUAGUGGCACUGGAGACAAAACAGUGCCCUGUGGCACCCUGUUUUCUAAGGCCAGCCAUGCAGGUAUGAGUGGAGCGACCAUAAAACAAUGCCUUCCAACUCGCAACCAGUUCAGGAGCAUAGCAUGGUCAGGGUCUGCAAAAUGCCUUGAGUCUGCUCUGCUUUUGAGUAUUUAAAGUACUUCACAUCUCCCAUAUUGUGAAGUAAGUUAGUCUUAUUAUCCCCAUUCCAUGGAUUAAGAAAUUAAGAUAUAAUAAGGGAACAUUCUUUCAUAUGUGGUGGACUUGUAAAAGGGUAAAAGAUUAUUGGGAAAUGACCCAUAACGAAUUGAAAAAAAUGUUUAAAAGUACUUUCUCCCCCCCCCCCCAAACCCCAGAGUCCUUUCUGUUGGGAAUAAUUCAGACUGAAAUUCCCAGGUGUCAAAAAAGGUCAUUUAUGUAUGCCGCUACUGCGGCCCGUGUUUUGUUAGCCCAAAAAUGGAAAACAAGCGAGGUCCCAACCAAAGAAGAAUGGCAACUUAAGUUGACAGACUAUGCGCAGCUUGCAGACCUAACAUAUAGAAUAAGAGAACAAGAAGAACAUACGUUUAGAGAAGACUGGAAAACGUUUAUUGAAUAUAUGGGAAAUAAUUGUGUACAGCUGAAAACGCUGGCAGCAUUAAGAUAAAUUCAACAGUGUAAAUAAGUUUUGAUGGAUGCCUUAAUGGAAUAGUGAAUGGUAUAGUUUUUAUAAAUAUGCAGGGAUUUAUGAUAUUUAAAAUGAACCAUGGAAAGCGAAGAAGGGUAGUCGUAGAUAUCUUAAGGAUGUAAAAAUGAGUACCGUAUUUUUCGCUCUAUAGAACACACUUUUUCCCCUUCAAAAAUGAAGGGGAAAUGUGUGUGCGUCCUAUGGAGCGAAGAAGCCAUAACCCCGCGACCCUCUCCCAGCUGGAGAGGUGACGUGCAGCUAUGGCAGGAGCCUCUUUAGCCGCACACCACAUCUCCAGCCAGGAGAGGGUCGCGGGGGGCUUCUUUAGCUAAAGAAGCCCCCGCGACCCUCUCCCGGCUGGAGAGGUGACGCGCGGCUAUGGCAGGAACCUCUAUAGCCGCACGUCACCUCUCCAGCCGGGAGAGCGCGCGCGCGGCUAAAGCACCCCCCCCCGCGACCCUCUCCCAGCUGGAGAGGUGACGCACGACUAUGGCAGGAGCCUCUCCGCUGUGCGCCUUUCCCCGCUCCCCGACCUGCUCUUUGGGGCUGGUGGUGGGCUUCCUCCUGCCAGCCCCAAAGAGCAGGUCGAAAGGAACCUGAAGCCUGGAGAGCGAGAGGGGUCGGUGGGCACCGACCCCUCUUGCUCUCCAGGCUUCCAAGGUAGCUGCCUGAAGGCGACUGAAUGCACCUUAAAUGGCACCUUGUUUUAGAGGGGGAAAACAAGAGAGGGAAAAUUCUCCCCCUCUCUGCGCAGCGCCUCCUGCCGCUUCACUGAAGGGGCACUGGGCAGAGAGGGGGAGAAAUUUUUUUCUUGUUUUCCCCCCUCUAAAACAAGGUGCGUCCUAUUGUCCGGUGCGUCCUAUAGAGCGAAAAAUACGGUACUUUAAAUUGUAAAACAGAAAAUUCAAUAAAAAUUAUGUACAAAAAAAGAAAUUCAGAUAUAAUGGCUCCUUAAAACCAGGGUUACUGUCGCCAAAACGCAAUGCCUAGUUGCCAUUUGGGGGCCAGAUGGUUCGAAAGUCGUCAUUUCGAUAACAACUUUUUGGUUCCCGACAUUCAUUAUACGGAUUAUACGGAUGAAAUAUCACAGAUGGAAUUCUACAGGAUGUGUUGCUAGUGUGUGAAAACAGUCAAGAUCCAAGGAUCCCCAGGCAUGCAUAGCUCCAGAUGGUGGAGACGUCAGGCGCCAUCUUGGCAGCCGGGCAUCCUCACUUGGUCACAAGUGGGCAAUAGCCAACUGCAAAAUACACCUGGCCAAUUUUGAAUGGUGGAAGGGGACUGAGGCUGGGGGUGGGGUGGGGUGGGGAAGUUGCCUAAGACCACCUGGCGAGAUCAUGGCAGAGGUGAAAUUCAAACUUGGUCACUGUGGCACAACUGCUUUCAGUAAACACAAGACCAGAUCGCUUUGCACGUGACUCCUGUGUGGGUCCUGGCCUCUCCCAUCUCCUCUUAUCACCUUCUGCCAGCUGCCGUUUGGAACAGUGUGGGGAAGGCAGUAGAAACUUACCCAGGCCUUCUGAGCGUUUGUUUUUCAAAUGCUAAUGAUUUUUAAUACUGUUAGCAUGAUGUGAGCGGAUGAUUUCCUUCCCAGUGCCAUUACAAUACGUGAUUCACAGCUCAGUAAAACAUACAAAAACAGAAACAUCUGUUCUUCGAGCCAACGUGUUGAAAAUAAAAUAAACGAGGAGAAAAACAGUUGCAAUAAUUAACCAAAAUAUUGAAAGAACUUCUGUACUGUUGCUGAUUCCUUGGAUAGUCUUGAUAUACAGUGGUACCUCGGGUUACAUACGUUUCAGGUUACAGACGCUUCAGGUUACAGACUCCGCUAACUCAGAAAUAGUACCUCGGGUUAAGAACUUUGCUUCAGGAUGAGAACAGAAAUUGUGCUCCAGCGGCACAGCGGCAGCAGGAGGCCCCAUUAGCUAAAGUGGUGCUUCAGGUUAAGAACAGUUUCAGGUUAAGAACGGACCUCCGGAACGAAUUAAGUACUUAACCCGAGGUACCACUGUACAGCGCAUUCAGUUAUAUAUCCCUAGUAGUCUCUGCUCAUCUUCCUCUCUUAUCAGGAAUUGUGUAUAUAUUUUUAAGCUCUUGUGUUCUGAUUCAUGGGGUAUUUCCUGUGUUGCAACUAACCAUAUCCCCCCAUCUUGGCUUGCCAUAGCACAAAGAGCAAUGCACUUUUAGAGCACAACAACUUUAUACUGAUUAUAGCUCAUCUUGCCAGAGAGCAAAGGAGUCGUCUGAGUAAGAGUUUCCUGCUGUCUUUGGGCUGGGGCUGAAGAGAAAGAUGAAGGGCAUUGUGCUAAUAUCUGUGAAAGCUGUCACAAUGCAUAAGGCUGCCCUGCUGAACUGACCUGUUCCCUGCUUCCUUCAUUUCCAUCCAUGGCAACGGAGUUAAGAACACGAGAAGAGCCUGCUGGGUCCAGCCAAGAGCUCCCUGUAGCCCAGCAUCCUGUUCUCGCAAGGACCAACCAAAUGCUUAUGGGGAGCGCAUAAGCAGGAUGUGGGUCCAACUGCCCUCUCCUUCCCUGUGGCUCCUCGCAGCGGAUACUCAGAGGCAUUCUGCCUCCGACACCAUUAUGUUAGGCUGACUGAGACUUGCCAGAAUCCCUUUCUAGAUGUUUCUUGAGGUUCCAUGUUCUUUUGAGUAUUUCUGACCCUGUUAAUUUCUGGAGCUGACUGCCAUCCUUCUGUGGUCAGGCUAAGGUCAGCCAAGUUCCCAAGGUGGACUGCUGUGAUCACCAUAAAACACACACAGAGAGAGAGAGAGGGAGAGGGGAGAAGGUCCGUAUGUCCUAUUCAUUUACAGUGGUACCUCGGGUUACAGCCGCUUCAGGUUACAGACUCCACUAACCCUGAAGUAGUACCUCAGGUUAAGAACUUUACCUCACGAUGAGAACAGAAAUCGCGCAGCAGGUUAAGAACAGUUUCAGGUUAAGAACGGACCUCCAGAACGAAUUAAGUUCUUAACCAGAGGCACCACUGUACUGCUGUUCUCAUUCCUGAAGGAGCGUCUCCACCCCCAUCGUUCACUGAGAUCCAGCUCCGAGGGCCUUCUGGCGGUUCCCUCACUGAGAGAAGUGAGGUUAUAGGGAACCAGGCAGAGGGCCUUCUUGGUAGUGGCACCUGCCCUGUGGAACGCCCUCCCAUCAGAUGUCAAGGAAAUAAACAACUUUUAGAAGGCAUCUGAAGGCAGCCCUGUUUAGGGGAGUUUUUUAUGUUUGAUGUUUUAUUGUGUUUUUGGUGUUCUGCUGGGAGCCACCCAGAGUGGCUGGAGAAACCCAGCCGGAUAGGUGGGGUAUAAAUAAUAAAUUAUUAUUAUGAUUAUCACAAUCAUCUCCGUUUCUCUCUGCCCAGUCUUAGGUCUCUUACUGCAGAGAUGGCAACAGAGGGGGAGCCGAGCAGCUAUGUCAAAAUCAUCCAGCUUUUUGUGCUCUCCACAGCCUGGGGGAUGCAGAUAUGGGUUACCUUUAUUGCAGGUACGUUUCCCCAGGGGGGUGGGACAAAGCUUACUUGAAUUUUUAGCCUGCCCGGGGAGGAAAUGGUAUGUGCUCCUCGGAUCCUUUUCUCCAAUGCAGCUCUUCCUAACCUGGUGCCCUCCAAUUUGGACUACAAAGCAGCUGCUGGAGAAGGCCUCUGUAACACAUUCGUUUCAGAUCCUGUUGUGCCCACUGCCUUUCACUUCCAGAACUCAGGGCUUAUUCACACCUUUGUUUGCCCUGCUGCUUUGCCCAGUGCCAGAUUUACGUAUAAGCUAAACAAGCUAUAGCUUAGGGCCCCACUCUCUUGGGGGCCCCCCAAAAAAAUUUAAAGGAAAAAAACCUGGGUGUAUAUUUCCAAAAUAUAAAAUAACAAAUAAAAUAAAACCUACAUACAGCAGCAGUGUUUUGUAUUGUAUAGGCUCCUGUGAUGUAAGUCAUGGGCCCCGCCUGCUAGCCUGCUCCCUAAAAUAUCACUGGUUUGCUUAUUUCUAUAUACAGUAUAGGGUGCCUACGUUCUGCUAUUUAGAAUUAUUAGUAGUUUGCAUCAUAUAUUUACACCUAUUAUAAUUUUAUGUUAUAGCAAGAUUCUAGAGACUAGAUUAUGAGUCUUUGUAAAUUGUGUUUCUAAAGGAACUUUUGUUAUUGCCAAAUGCCAACGUGUUUGCAUUACUAAGUUUGUUAGGAAUAAAAAAUCAUUUUAAGUUAGAGCUUAAUAAUUAUUUCCACUAUUAAUAUACUUCUUAAUUGUAUUUCAGUUCAACAAUUACUUUGAUAAAAUACAUAUUUUGUUAGGUGCAAAUGACUUUAGAUACCUAUUAGGUCCAUAAAUUACCAUAGAGCAUAUUUUCAACACGAAAAACAGCAACAAUUUGUUGUUGACAGAUGGACAUAUAAAGGGUCCCAUUACCUUCAGUAGCUUAGGGCCUCAUCAAACCGAAAUCCGGCCCUGGCUUUGCCCUUUGGUUUAGCAAUGAAUGGGGGGGGGCAGCCACUGGGUUUUCCACGGACUGCCGUUUCUUCUGAUGUAGCACUAAAUAGCAGGUUUUCUGGGGCAAGCAGUGAGGCAAAGACAGAAUCACUUGGACACCUGCCUUAGAAAAGCACAGGACAAGUGAAGAAUCGCUUGGACCUGUGCUCUCCAGGCCCAGGACAAUUGGAAGUGUGGACGAGCCCUUUGUCCACCUGCUGUAACCCACUCCCUUCUCUCGCCUGCGCAGGGUUUGUUCUCUUCCGGGGUGUGAGCCGCCAUACCUUUGGCCUGGUGCAAAGCAAGCUGUUUCCUUUCUAUUUCUACACCCUGCUUGGCUGCACCUUCCUCAACCUGGCCAUCUUCGCUUCGUACCACCCGCGGGAGCUUCUCAGCGCCUGGGAUACAGUCCAGGUAGGUACCAACCAGUCAUCUACAAAUAUUGCAGCUUUUCAUUUGGGGCCUGUGGGCAGGAAGUGCUCCUUCAUGUAGCUUCUUGAGAACGUCACAAGUUAGCUAUGGACCUUCUGUCACGGUCCAGUUCACGGGCGAUUGAAGUCCUGGCUGGGGAUGUCGGGACCAGGGGCAAGAUGGCGGGAUGAGAGCAGGAAUGGGAGUCCAGAAACCAGGAGUCAGAAAGCCAAGAGUCUGAGGGUCAGAGAGCUUGGAGUCAAGAAGCCAAGGGUCAGAGGGUAAGGAAGCAAGGAGUCACGAAGGCAGGGGUCCGAGGAUCAAGAAGCAAGGAGUCACAAAGUCAGGGGUCCGAGGAUCAAGAAGCAAGGAGUCAGGGGUCCGAGGAUCAAGAAGCAAGGAGUCCAAGGCAGGGAAUGUGUUGCUGUGGCAAAGAGCUGAAGGGAAAAUGCUGACCUUAUAUCCCUUCCCAGGUCUUGCCACCAGGUGCUGUGAGUUACCAAUCGGCCUCACCUAUGUGGCCGCGCCUUGCCUCUUCAGAACAAACUUAGGAAGGCCCCAGUCCUGCAGAGUCCUAUUGGUCACAGGGCCUGGCUCCUGCACACACACCUGACACCUGCAGUUUGAAGGCGUGAGCCCCUCAAACCUACAAGCCAGUGUUGAUGCUGCGAAAAUGCCUUCCUCUGUGGAAUAAACCUGGCCACUUCACUGUUCAAUGUGUGUCUUUUAGAAGACCUCGUCUUUCCUUCAUUCGUAUUUCGUAUGGAAUUUCCCUCACCCUGCAAGGCCUUUCUGUCCUGUGAUCCUUUGCAGGAUUUCUCCAUGUUCUUCCUGCCUCCCUAGUUCCAUCACAGUGCAGGCAGGCUUAGGCCUAAGGCAGGGGUCGGCAAGGUUUACCUCGCCUGGGCCAGUUCACUCCAGCACAGAUCCCUCCAUGGGCCAGAUCACGCCCGCGAUUUCCAGUGUCUGUGCAGACGUGAUUUUCGGCACCGCGGAAGCGAGUCCCUGUGCCGCGCUGCGCCAGUUUAGCACAGUGGGCGGGGACUCACCAAGCAGGCGGCCCAGUUUGGGGGCGGCUUGGGGGCCGGUUAAACGACCCCCAUGGGCCGCUUGUGGCCCAUGGGCCCUCGGUUGCUGAACCCUCGCCUAAGGCAAUCACGAUGCAUUAAAAAGUUUUAUAUUUAUAAAGGAACCUGAAAUCUACUCCUCCUUAUUCAACCCUGCUGCUACAUAAACCUCUGCCCACCCCCAAACACUUUAAAAUUAUUUGUAAUUCAAUCUUAGAACAUCAUUUACCAUAAAGACUAUUGUGUCAUAUGAGGAAGGUGGGAAACAAAAUACAGUGGUACCUCAGGUUACAUACACUUCAGGUUACAGACUCCGCUAACCCAGAAAUAGUACCUCGGGUUAAGAACUUUGCUUCAGGGUGAGAACAGAAAUUGUGCUCCUGCGGUGCGGCGGCAGCGGGAGGCCUCAUUAGCUAAAGUGGUGCUUCAGGUUAAGAACAGUUUCAGGUUAAGAACGGACCUCCGGAACGAAUUAAGUACUUAACCCAAGGUACCCUGUAUACAGGGAUGCAGGUGGUGCUGUGGGUUAAACCACAGAGCCUAGGGCUUGCCGAUCAGAAGGUCAGCAGUUUGGAUCCCCGCGAUGGGGUGAGCUCCUGUUGCUCGGUCCCUGCUCCUGCCAACCUAGCAGUUCAAAAGCACGAAGUGCAAAUAGAUAAAUAGGUACCACUCUAGCGGGAAGGUAAACGGUGUUUCUGUGCGCUGCUCUGGUUCGCCUGAAGCGGCUUAGUCAUGGUGGCCACAUGACCCGGAAGCUGUACACCGGCUCCCUCGGCCAAUAAAGCAGGAUGAGCGCCGCAACCCCAGAGUCGGUCACGACUGGACCUAAUGGUCAGGGGUCCCUUUACCUUUACCACUGUAUAACAUUCCAGCAAGGAAAGCAGUCCUUUGUAUCUGGAAGGCUGAUGUGAGGAAGAGGAGCAGUUUUUACCUUGUGUGCUGCAGCUACUCAAGACACAGUCGGUUUCAUGAACAGCUACCUCCCCGUUUCUUAAACCCGAGAGCAUCAGGAAGAAAUGUGAGCAGUCCAGCUCUGGAAAAACCUGUUCAGAGUGGCCAUGGAAUCUCUUUGUUGGUAAGGCAUUGAAGUACAGCCUAUCCUUUUAGAGGACAGGAGGUAGGACUAUUGAUCUACCAGAUAGGAGCCAUAGGUAAAAGGUAAAGGACCCCUGGACAGUUAAGUCCAGUCAAAGGUGACUAUGGGGUUGUGGCGCUCAUCUCGCUUUCAGGUCGAGGGAACCGGUGUUUGUCCACAUUCAGCUUUCCGGGUCAAAAACCAGGAGCGUUGCGAUUGACCAUAAUCAGUCUCAGGUUCCGCCAGUCAAUCGACAUGUUGUACAUGCCCAGGUUAUGCUAUUAGAAAUACACAGAACGAUAAUUAUGAAAUUAUUGUGAGGUUUAAUAAAUUAACCGUAUAUAUUUGGACAGCUUUUCUGCUGUACUUUAUUGGAAGGAGAAAAAUAAUCAUUUCCUUAAGAACAAUUUAAUCAAUUUAUUUAACUAAAGCAAUAACAUUAUAGAAUAUGUCUCCAUGUUUGUUAACUGAUGUGGUUAAACAAUUAAAACAAAAAAACUUAUACUGAGUUUUAGCACGCAUGAAAAACUUAAACAUAUCCUUAUUUCCUGGUGAACAGCCUUUGGACUAUAAUGUAACUUAAAUAGAAAACUAUCUUUAGAAAGAUUUUUCCUCCAAAAGCAUUUUAUUUUUAAUUUUUGUUUUCUUUCUUUCUUUCUUUCUUUCUUUUUUGAAGUUUUAUUCGAGUUUGGGAUUUUUACAUACAUUAUAUUAUCUCCUUCCAAUUUUAAAUUUCCUGUACAAUUUUCUCCUUUCCCUCCCCACCCCCCCAUAUCCAUUGGAAGGGUUCAAACUAUUAUCCUCAGCCAUGGGCAUAGCGUCUUUAGUUUCCACCGAAUGUCUUUUGUUCCAGUAGUUUUUAUCCAUUGAAGAUAGGGUUUUUCCAUCUGUUCCUUAUCGUGGUGGACUUGACCUUCCACGUUGUUUCCUGUGACAUGACCUGUCAGGGAACUGCCAUCAGUACUGGAGGGAGAGCGCGAAAGCCAGAGGGAUUCCAGAGAGCGCCCAGGGAUCGGGAGAAGCAGCCCAUCUUCUGGGGAAGAGAAUCAGCGUAGCACCAGUGGAGAAGGGGGGCAAGUGGGAGAAGUGGCGAGGCGGUCCCAUGACUCCUUGCCUGGGACCAGCGGGGAGACUAGGGGUCCUCCGUUGCCCACGCCCUCCCGGCGCAGAAGGCUUCCGCGCAGAGAGGGUAGGCGGAGACUAGGCGUCAAAGAACUUCUUUGCUGGAGGAAGUUUAAGAAACGCCCAGUCACGGAUUCUGCCAGCGAUUGAGACAGCCACGGGCGAGUGGCUGUCCGGACAGAGGAGGUUCACUUCGGCAACCCGGCCAGGUGUUUGCACCCAGCCAGGAAGAUAGGCACCUGCUUACGCUCAAGCAACCCCCUUAGGAACCAUUACAUGACCAAAAGCAUUCUAUUUAAAAAUCCACUUUAAAUUUUUAAGAAAUCUGAUUUAAAUAAAAAAACCUGAAUUAAAUUUUAAAAAUCUGAUUUAAAUAAAAAAAUUGAAUUAAAUUUUAAAAAUCUGAUUUAAAUAAAAAAAUUGAAUUAAAUUUAAAAAAUGAAUUAAAUAAAAACAAUCUUCAUGAUGUUUUUUUAAAAAAAAUAAUAAUUGAUUUUUAUCCACCCAGGUUUUACCCCAGAAUUCCAGAAAAGGUCACAGUAUACCUUGUAUCUCCUCUGCAGAUUGUGUCCUUUUUUAUUGGCCUCAUUCUGGCAGCUUCCAAUGCUUCCUGGCUCUCCCAAGUAACCACCAAGACCAUGUUCAAGAUGCAAGAGAUUGAAAGGGAGCACGGCCUCGGGGACGAAGUGGGUCUGUCGGCUCGGCGGGAGGCUUACCAGCUUCUGAAGGAGAAGGAUGCCAAGUACCAGAGCCUGCGCCAAAAGUUCUUCAAGUUCCACGGCCUGUCCUCUCUCUGCAACUUGGCCGGCGUCUUCUGCACCGGGGUGAAUUUGGCAUGCCUAGCACUGCAGCUGGACAGCCUUUAG